UCGUCUUGAUUACUGAACCUUAUAUAUCAAUGUAAGCAAUCCCAAACAGCUUGGAAUUGGAUCGCUGUUCUCCAAUAAUAUUGAUGGAAGAGGAAGAAGAGGAGGUAUUGGUGAAGAAUUGUUUUCCCAUCCCAAAUCCUACGUUGUACUGGUUCACAAAGCUGGUAAUCUUGCAGGCAGACGUAUUCUACAACUGCUUGGUUGUUCUGUUCUCACCCUUCCUCUUUCUGCUAUCCCUAAUUUCUGAGACCUCCCAGUCCCAUUACUAUCCACCUCAAGAAAGUAAAGAAAGUAAAUUAACAGCAGAAUCAGCCGUGCAUGCGGCCGCUGGAGUCCCUUCCAAGCUGUUCCGCGGAUGCGGCGUCUUGCUGAAGAAGGUGUUUCUUGGCUUUCUUGGUGCAGUUCAUGUUUGCAAGAUUCUGAUGCUUCUGUUAGUCGUGGCUGUGAUUUUGGGAGUUGGGUUGGUGCGAUUUUGGGCGGAAGAGCCUGUUUUUAUUGGGGAAAGAUUGCAUUUCGACUACACCAAAGCCCAUCCGGUGGCAGCCUUCUCUUUUCACUGCGGUAGUUGGUGUCAAGGAUAUGCGCAUCAGAUUAACUACAAGAAGAAUAUGGGUGUGCCCGUUGGGCAUACCUUUUAUGUUUCUUUGGUAUUCUUGAUGCCUGAAUCUGAUUACAACAGAGAGAUUGGGUUGUUCCAGGUCACUGCAGAAGUCAUAUCGAGGACUGGAAACAUAAUGGCAAGAUCAAGCCAUCCUUGCAUGUUGCGGUUCAGAAGCUGGCCAAUCCGGACGAUGCAAACAUUUCUUAUGGGCUUACCCUUCUUGCUGGGAAUCAGGGCCGAAACUCAAAAAAUAACCGUCCCAAUGUUAAAGCACAAGGAAGAUUUUCCCAGGACUGAGGCCAUAAAAGUAACUUUGAUUCCCAGAGCUGGAACUGAUUUUCUUCCACAGUUAUACGAGGCCGAAAUCCUUCUGAAAUCUGAGCUUCCCUGGGCUAAAAAGCUGGUUCAUAGAUGGAAGUGGACAUUUUACGUGUGGACUUCCAUGCAUAUAUAUGUCUUGCUGCUUGCGAUUCUCCUCCGCUGCUCUAGACCUCUCAUUCUACCGGUGAUGAGGAAAAGUCCCAGCAGUACGAAUAGUAAGCAGGAGUCAGAAGUCAAGGCAUCUUCGGAACAAACAGAGGAAAGGUCGUCAAGAGAUGAAAGGUAUGCGUCGGUUACACUGAGAAGAUGGCAGGAAAACAGAAGCAAGAGGAAAGCAAUGCUUCUCCACCAAGACAUGGCUGAAACAGUAGUAUCAUCUGCUUCAAGCACUAGCUUAACCAGGGAGGAAACAGGUGCAACAUUGGAAGAUGAUGAUGAAGAUGAUACAGGGGAUUCAGAAUCAGUGUGCUGUUGGUGAUCUAGAAGAAUAAAUACAAGAGGUAUAGAAUUGAGAGUCUUCGCGCUACUGCAAUGUGUAAUCCAAAUUCUAUUCUCCAGGAGAUUGUAUUAGUCGAACUUGCUAUAUAUCUUGAAGCA